ACCACCACAGCAUUGAAAUCUGUGGUUCAAACAAAGAAAAACAAUCUAGAAAUCUUAUGAUAUGAAUUAUCAAAAAGGAGCCAUUUUGUCCGUUAAAGUGCAAAAAGUAAUGUGUAAUGUGAUUAAAUUGAUGGUAUUUUCCUCACUCAAGAAACACCCUAGAGCAAACAUGAACUGAAUGAUUUUCGUUCAAGGAUGGAAAACGCAUCCGAUGGUUGCGUUAGAAGAAACCCAGACAGAAGUGGAAAAACAUCUACGAAACCGUACGUGAAUAAACCGAUCUUCAGGCGAAAAUUAAUCGAAAAAUAUUCCACCGCGAGGUACAACAUAAACACAAAACGAGUUGCGGUUCAAAAGUCACCAACUAGUCAAACUCCCACUGCCGAUAAUGCGGCGGCCGUCAAAGUGCCGCUUGAAAAUGGUAAUUCAUCGUCGCCGAUUGAAAAUCAUCCAAAACCUGGUAACGAUCUGCAGACUUCGCCUGGUUCGUCGAAGAAUAAUACCAUUUCUACAACACCAACCGCUCGUAAGUUGGUCUACAAGGAAACCUCGACCAACACCAGCUUCGAAAAUGAUUCUUCGUUGAAAACUGCAGCAGAUGGUGCUUCUCCAGCUAAAAAACCGACUUUGGGAAAUUCUAGAAAAAGAAAACUAGAUCCCAGCGCUGGUACGUCUACGUCUUCGGCUCCGAAAACUGCAGCAGAUGGUGCUUCUUCAGCUAAAGAACCGACUUUGGGAAAUUCUAGAAAAAGGAAACUAGAUCCCAGCGCUGGUACGUCUACGUCUUCAGCUCCAAAAGCAAAGUGGAGAAUCGCGCCGAGAACAGUAUACAAUAGUUUGUGGGAUCUUUAUCAGAACACGCUUGAAAUUAAAACCGAAGAUCAGGAGCCGGAACAUGAUGCGAAGAAGGAGACGAAAAAGCGCAAAGAUAUUUGGUCGAGAAAACAAAAGCGAAGAAAACCGUUACCGGUUAGUAAAAAGCCAACUGCAGAUAGGAAUUAUUUCGAUCCUUACGUGGAAUGUCUGAAAGAAGCGGAAACCCAGUCGGCGAACUCGUCUCCUGGUUUGGUCAACGAUAAAUUAGGUAUUGUUAUGUACCUAGGUGUCAACAGGCCUUUGUUUCCGUUGAUGUACAGAAAUCUCCGGUCGCUGAAUGGCUCGAAUGAUCAGAAAAUCACCGCCGUUUGGUCCGAAUUCGCGUUAUCAACGUUGAUAACUAAACCAGAGGAUAAAAAAUGUACGCCGAUUUUAGUACCGAUCAGAGAUCCGGAGCUUGCCACUUUAGCAUCGGAAUGUCUCGAUGGAAACGCUUCUCCGGCGCCAUUGAACGUUUCAAUUACAUCGUCUGCAACCGACGAAGAUGCGACGAAGAACGAUAGUAAUAAUUUGCCAGUUGAAAUAAAGCGAGAAGAUAACGAUACGUCAAUCCCGGUUGGCCAGAAAAAACGAAAAUACAGUAAAUAUAGUUCGAUACCCAAAUCUUACGAAUUACGUCGUACUAUCGCGACUAAUGAUAAAAAACCCGACGACGACGACGACGACGUACCCGAGCCUGAAAAACAUACAGAAAUGAAACCGGUUACUCCCGUUGUUACUUCUAGUCCCGAAUUUGAGCCGCAGCCUAUUCCACAGCCAUCGAUUAUCGACGAAAAAGCGAUUCUGAAAAAAUUCGGAUACAAAGAAUGCUUCGUGGCUAUUCCGAAACUUUCAGAUACUCUGAUAAAAUACCUCAGCGCUGGUAAUUACAGCAACCAAUCGGCCGAACUCAAAGAUCCAACCGAAAGGGAGCUGAUCGAAGAAACAGACGACUUCGGUCUCAUACAAUGUACUCGAACCGACGGUAUCAUCAUCGAUUACGUUACCCGGAAUCGUUCUCUGGUUUAUUUUUACAAAUUGAAAAAGAUGUUGGAUUUUCAAAAAACCAACAACAAGUAUUUCGUAUCGUGCGAUUACAUUUUGAUCGAUAACGUCGCUGACGACGAAGAAGAUGUCGAUGUCGAUAUCGUAUCGGUUCCUCAGCACGACGAACGCGAUGUAUCAAUGAAGCCAGCGGCAGCAACGCACGGACCGCGAAAUUCCAAAAAUCCCAACGAUUUAUUCAAAUCGUCCAAGAUUUCCGAAUGGAAGGAUAAAUCGAACAACAUUAGUUGGGUGAAGAAUAACGAUCUGAAAUGCGCUUCCGACGUCAAAUGGCUUUUGAUCUCGUUAGAUAAACAUAUCGCGUCUCUGAGCUACGCCAGCGGAUGCGUUCUACGUUACAGACUUCUAUUCGAAAUCAUCUACAGGGCGGAGUUAUCGAAAAAAGUCAUCUGUUGCGAACUCUCCAAGGCGUCCGAUGGUGGCAAAGAUUCGUUGACUUUCGGCGUUUACGCGUUCCCGGGACUUUGCGACAAAGUACUCGUCGGACCGUAUUUGAAUCACGAAGAGCAUCAAUUAUCUGCCAUCAUACGAACGAGUAACGGUAGCUCGGAACGUACUCUCAUCAAAACGCUCGAAGAAAAGGAAAACUUGCCGCAGCAGUCGGACGAAUCGCACAACGUUAAACAUAUCAACGCUAAAUGGUGGUCCGGUAAACGCAACAACGAUUUAACCGAGCAGUAUUUGAACUUCUUCUUUAAUCCGUCCGCGGUGAAAUGCGCUCCGACAACGGAUAGACUUAGUUUGGCGAAAAUCAUCAGCGAUCAUCCUUGCCAUAAUUACCACGCUUACGAAAUCACCGGUCGCGAAAGUAACUUGGUAUUGUUUCACGAUCGUACCAACGCUAUACCGAAAACCACCACCGUUACUCCGACUGAAAUUCCAGCGCAAAUCGAACCCGAGAUUCCCGCUAUCCCUGCUAGUCGAUCGAAAAGAGCUCCGACAGUAUCGCUGCAUCCGGCCGAACCGAGGAAUUUGAGGAAAAAACCUCGCAGAGAUUAUAGCCAACUCAUCACCGACGACAUGGCGAUCCAUCCGAAUUAUAAAUACUCCGAGUUCUACAUCACCGAUGUGAAAUCUCUGCGAAAGCGUCCUGUUAAUACUGAAGCGAAACCGAAGCGUCCUUCUCAUCCCUCUCAACCUGCUCGUUCUAAAAUGACGGAAAAAUUGCAACGCGCCAGUCGAUAUCACGAAUCUCCAGAAAUGCAUAUAAUGAACGAACGAGUUCGAAGGCUGGAAUUUCGUAAUCGGAGGAAUGAUUUGGCUUCGGUGCUGCAAUCACGUCCAGACGGAUCGUAUAAUGCGCAACCUUUGGUUUCAAUAUUGAUUCAGGCAAAAGAAAUUAUAACGUAUUUAGAAGUGGAUAACAAUAAACUCGACGAAGAAGCAAAACGAUUGCGUACAGAACAGUCAGCGUUGAUGAGAACGUUUACAGCCAAAAUAAGAAGUCACGAUAUCAAAUCAGAAAAACAUAAAAACGCCAUGGCUUUCUUGACCAGGUGGAAACAAAUGAAAGCCGAUCAACGAUACAGACUGAUAGACAUGUUAGGUCAUGCUUUCGAUAAACCAAAACCAACCAAAGUUUCCAAACGACCAGCUGCCGCUUCGCGAACAGACAACAACCGUUCACUAUCGCUGCAGCGCCACUUUUCAAAUUUGAAAAAACAGACACCAGAAAGAGCUCCAUCGUAUACUGGCAGAGGCGACGAAUUAACGUACAAGGAGCUGGACUCGCCGCCUCCCAGAGAUGAAGAUGUAGUGCAACGCACCAUGAGCAGAAUACGAAAACGCCAAAAAAUGAGAGACUCGUUAAGAAACCGCAAGGUUUCGAAUCAUCAAGUUCCAAUCGAAUCGUUAGAGUACGAUGUCAGCGAACAGGUGGUCUGCGAAGAUGGUAAAUCAUCCGAUCCUCUCGGAUCCAGUCAUAUGUUGGAUGAUGUGGGUGAAAUUCCAAUUAUUAUUUCGAAUAUGCCUCCUGAUGUGGAUCCGUACGCUGCCGAUCCGUUAGCAGAUUACGAUGAUGGUUGUGAUGCUUCGUCCGCAAAUGGUAAAUUUUCGGCUUCUAAAAGAAAAUACUCGUGUCACCCGCUCUACUGGGAACACAAUUACUGCAACAUGAUCGACGAACCGCCGAACCGCUGGGAUAAUAUCAUCGCCAAUCGGUUGGCACAAUCAAAAAGUCGUCCAGUAAGAUCGACUGUGCCAGUGAAACCGACUACGGAAAAUGGAUAUCGUCCGAAUAUGCCAAUUAUACCUCAGUUUGGACCACUACUAGCAACAACAACGACACUGAUAAGGAAUUCAUUCCGACCGAACACUCCUUGGAAUCCAUUCAGACCGAAUAAUCCUAUCAUAGGUAAUGGCAUCUCGUUGUUACAUCGAUCACUUAAUACGGUACGAACGCGAGGACCGAAACCAGUAUCAUCGGUGGUCACACCGACGACUCCUACGAUUGCGACUGCGGCUCCGGUACGAAGACCGACCCCGACCCCUAGUCCGAGAGUGGCCGCUGCAUCGACAACGCCAACGCCAGCGCCAACUUUCCAAAUCAGAAUAAACGAUACGGGCGAUGAAAAUCUCGGCAUCGAUAUACUAGAUAAUGGUCGAAUGUUCGCUCGGUUGAAUAUCGCCAAGAUAAACCCAGGAGGUAGCGCGAACAAGACCGGGACGACGUCUUCGUCAACUUCUCGUAGUGGCAUAGCCGGUACUGCGACUUCUAAUAAAAUCAUGACGAUUAUUCAGCGAUUUCUACAGCAAAUGGAAAAAACCUCUCCGGCCACCGAUACCAACGACGACGAACGUACCAAGCAGGCUAAACGAAAUUACGUCGUUAAUUCGUUGAAAUCGUUCAUCAGUAAGUUCGAAAGCCGUAGAAGGAGUUUGGAAGAAUGCGGCGAUCCUUCGUCGCAAGCGUUCAAUGCGGACGAAGCCAGUACAUCCAGCCUUGUCGAUAAUAUCGAACUCGAGUCUGGUUAUUCAUCGAAAAGCGAAGAAAGUUGCGAUCGCGAGUACGGUCCCAGAGUCAAAGAAUCGCCUGCUGCUGUUGCUGUACUCGAACCGGAACGCGAACCCGUACGUAUCAUCGAGCAAGAAACUAUCGAAAAUAUCGUUGUGAGCGACGAAGAACUAUCGCAAGAGGAAGAGGUCGAGGAGGACGACGAAGACGAUAUAGAAGAAGAAGUCGUACAAGACGACGAAUUAAUCGCCGAAGAGGAAGAAGAAGAAGAAAUCGUCGGCGAAGAAGAGCUCAUCGAAGAGGAAGACGAAGAAGAAGAAAUCGAAACCGAUGAAAACACGCUGCAACAGAUAAACGACGUCGACGCGGCGAUGCGAGUAAACGAAACCGAUCCUUUUGCCGAAUCCGACGAUGAUUCUACCGAUUCUACGCCACUUUCAAUCGAUCAGCCGAUCGCCGAAUCGCUGGCGGCCUUAACAGACGAUAAAACCGAGCUAUCUGAAAAGCUGCCCAAAGUUAUAUACGCGACUAACAAGUUCACCAUUAUCAGACCGAAGAAUAAAUUCAUUCCCAACAUAAUGAAAACUCCGACCACGAUCACCGUUAACCACGAUUCAGCUUCGGAUCAUCUCUCUCGUAUUCGAAUCAAACCUUCGAUCGGUUCUCUUGUUAAAUUAUCCACCGCUAGUUUACAACUCGCCUCGAAGCAGAUGAUCAACCAAACUCCGUCGUGGACAGAUAACAAUAAAGAUUCGAUAAUCAAACGGUUAUGGUAUUCGCCUGUUUCUAAAACCGAUGAAGCCGAUGUCAAAGUUGUUCGUCGUGAGUCGUUGCUCAACGAACCGACUAAAACUGACAGUGUCGAGGAGCGAGAUACACAAACUAGCGAAGAAGACAAUUCAAACGACGAGAAGCCAUCGGUUGCCGAAAAAGAUAACUCCGGUGCUAAACGUAUCGUUAUCAAAUCGUUCGCUAAUCACGAGAAAUUCCGAGAAGCUUUCCUGUCCAACGUUGAUAAAUUAUUGACUCCCGAGACGUAGGUUAAACGAUUGUUCAAAUUUUAUUCGUUUUGUUCUGAAAAAUCAUUCCGCUGGGUUCAUCUUAUCUGUAUCGUAACGCUACCGCAUGAUUUAAUGCUCCAGCGAGAAGAUUUUACGCGUAGAAUGUUUUUACAAGAUGAAUUUAUUUCUUUGAAUAGAAAUCAAUCUUUUCAGUGUUUUAUUUUAUUUUAUUUUUUUUUCGAAGUUUGCUGUGAUAAUUUUGUAUUUUUCAUUUUAUUUCAUUAGUUUGUAUGUUCGUGGGUUUCCCAAUUUUUUUUUCUUUUUUUCUUUGUAAAUAUGAAACGAAGCAGAGUGGAAAACGUUUUAAUCUUUCGAAAUAUUCAUUUCUCAAUUUGACUGGUACUUUGAAUUUUUUUUUUGGAUAUUCACGCUUUUCCCAUUGAAAAUGGAAAUACUUGAUGUGUUAUUUUUUCAAUUAAUAUUUCAUUAUUCGAAUUGAGAAAAAUAUAUUAAAUUUUUUUAUUUAUUUGAUUCCACUUUGUUUCUAAUGUUUGCAUUUUGUUUGUAUUCCAUUAAUUAGGUAGUAUUAUGUCGUGUUUUUUCUUCAGCAGCACUCGAGUAUUUGCUACAUUAUGGUUGUUGUUUUUUUUUUUUUUGUACAGAUAUGUACUUAUGUUUUUCUCCUGUUAUUGUACAUUUUAAAAAUAUUUUAAUUAUUUUGAAAUCUCGUGUUUCGCUUUGUUCUAAUAUUGAACGGUUUCGUCAUGAUUUUUAAUAUCAGUUUCUCAUUUUACCUAAUGUGUCGUAUUUUAUUCAAUUUUGCAUUGUAUGAUAUUUCUUCAGGACUGAAUAAAUUAUAAAAUCAAUUGUU